AGCUUCACAAGUCCUUCAGCCUUGAUCCGCUGACGAUCACCUCGAGCCGAAACCCCCGACCCAUCCCACCCCACACCAUGCGCUCCAUCGCCCUCCGCCUCACGGCCGCCUUCCUCCUCCUGACAGUGAUAGUCUCCAUCCUCGGCACGACAGUCUCGCGCUUCUCCGCCCCAAUGAUAGUCGUGCUCGACAACAAGAACAGCACCGACGUGCCGUGGUGGGCUGCGCCGGCGCCGGCGGAAGACUACGCCGUUGCCGACGACGACUACGAGCACGAGGGCCACCAGCACGGAUACCCGCCCGACUACAUCCACGCGCAUGGUGCGGGCCACUUUGACCUCGGCGACGAGCUGCCUGCCGCGCUCGUGCCCAUCUCGAUUGACGAGCUCGAGUCGCAUGCGCAGGAGGGGAGCGCGUGGGUGGCCAUUGAUGGGAUCGUGUAUGAUGUGACCGACUACGCCGAGUUCCACCCAGGCGGCCCAGACGUCCUCCGCGAACACGCCGGCACCGACGUCACGCGCACGUUCAACGCCAUCCACGCCCCGGGUACGAUAUCGCGCCUCGCGCCAGAGUAUCGCGUCGGCGUGCUGCAGCUGUAGGCCGUGUGGAAUGGAGACGGAC